AAUGUCAGCAAUCAAGAUUCUGGAUGUUGAGAAAAUAUCUCUGGUCCGGGAUGAUAUAUCUCCAGAAGAUGUUGCAGAUGUUGGUGCUGAAAUAUCAGACGCAUUCCAACACAUAGGAUUUGCGUACAUCAAAAACCAUGGAAUUCCACAAGAUGUUAUAGACAAUGCAUUCAAAAGUUCAUUAAGUUUCUUCAAGCUUGAAGAUGAAGUUAAAUCAAUGUAUCCAAAAGGAGGAGACUACCAGGGUUGGGUGUGUGAGGGAAGAGAGAUCUUUGAUCAGGAUGAGGAUGGAAAGAUCGCUGAUCAUGAAGUUAGGGAGACCUAUGAUUUAUUGAAUAUAUCUUCUGGUGGUAAAUUUCCUGAUAAAGAUUGUCCAACUCUAAGGCCAGCUUUAGUUAAGCUCGGAGAGCUGAGUGUUAAGCUAAGUUUACGGAUUCUGCAAUGUAUCUCUGUCAGUUUGAACCAGGAUCCUGAGUAUCUUCUCAACCAGCAUCAAGGAGUACUUGAUCAGGGAAUAGGAGACAUUGCUACCAAUGGGUCGACACUAAGAUCAAUCCACUAUCCACCAAUAAGUGAGGAUGAAGCAAGGCCCGGAAUAGUCAGAUGUGGAGAGCAUUCUGAUUAUGGAACCUUUACCUUGCUUUUCCAGGAUGAUAUGGGUGGCUUAGAGGCCAAAUCUGUUGAUGGCAGCUGGGUUUUAGCUGACCCUGUUCCAGGAACAAUUUUAAUGAAUGUGGGUGAUCUGCUGGAAAAUAUUACUGCUGGUAGAUUUCAAGCCACUAGACAUAGGGUUAGAAUUCCCGAGGAAGAGCUGAGAAGAAAGUGCGCCAGACAAUCCAUUGCAUUCUUUGUUCACCCAGAUGACGAAGUUUUAUGUGAACCUCUGUCUGGGCCUGAUUCUAGAUACCCGCCUGUAACUGCAAAACAACAUCUCUAUAACCGUCUCUCAGCAACAUACGGAGCAGCGAUGAUGGAACAAAAAUAGAUUUUCGUGUCUUCUAUUUGUUUUAAGCAUAAAAAAUAUUAAAAAAAAUAUUUUACUAUUUUAUAGAACAGUGAACAUUUUCCCUAAAAGAAAUUGAUUCUUUGCCACAAACUUAAAUGGUCAUAUCCCUAAAUC